AAUCUAAGAGGUGUGCAUUAUAGCUGACACGUAGAUGAACACUUUACAGUUGCUUAUAUGACUGUAAGUAAUUCCCUUCAAAUGCUAUUUAAAUUAGAAACGUGUUUAACAACGUCGUAUGUAACUUUAGAGACGGUCCCUUAAUUUCCGCAAAUCCGCGAAUAUCGAACGUCCAACGUCAAACCAACUUUAUUCGAGUUUGCCAAGCUAGGUCAUCUCAGCAUUAUGCUGAGCCUUAUAUUUAUAAAAUCACUUAGUUGUCCUUAGCCCAAAUGUAGUGAAAAGGAACGAAAUGCUGUGCAACUUUCCUCACUUUCACUUGCAUUUAUAACAGUCUGUCCUCGGCGGGAGGAUAUGCAAGUGAACGUGACGUUAAUGGUCAAAAACUGGAAAUGACGUUAGCCCAGCCUACUUCGUGGGUGUGCAAAUAUCAAAGGUCGUAUGUUCUGCUGCACUUUUCUACGCUUGGCUGCUGUCUCCAUUUCUUACAGACUGAGCUGCUAAAAUACAUCAACAAACUUGCGUGAGAAGUUUGUGGUCGUGUGGCAUGCUGAAGUUACAGAUGGACAUUACAAGAGCGGUUAAAAUGGAGGUUUAAUACGCAGAAAUAUAUAGAUAAAACUGAAGGCAGAAAGACCCACAAACAAGCAGCAACUGAAGGCAGCUGCAGUAGAGGCCUGGAAAAGCAUCUCAAGGGAGGAAACUCAGCAUUUGUCUUAUCAGCGAGGGCGUGUCCCAAACGAGCGCACUCCGACAGGAAUCACCUGAGCUCACUUCGCCACUACAGGAGGAGGAAAAUGGGCAAAGCAGGUGAACGUGUGGACUUUGAAUGGGUUUACGACGAGCAGCCGCACACAUGGAGACGAAAAGAAAUUUUAGCAAAGUAUCCACAGAUCAAGAGUUUGAUGGGUCCCGACCCCCAGCUGAAGUGGGUUGUGUCUGGAAUGGUACUUACUCAACUCGUGGCAUGUUACCUGAUCCAUGAGUUGUCUUGGAAGUGGGUGUUUUUCUGGGCAUAUGCCUUUGGUGGCUGUGUAAACCAUUCCUUGACCCUGGCCAUCCAUGAUAUCUCUCACAACAUCGCAUUUGGGAACAAGCAGGUGCGCUGGAACCGGUGGUUCGCCAUGUUCGCCAAUCUGCCCAUCGGCCUACCUUACUCGGCCUCCUUCAAGAAAUACCACAUCGACCACCACCGCUACCUUGGAGGGGAUGGCCUGGACGUGGACAUCCCUACAGACCUGGAAGGCUGGUUCUUCUGCACACCUGCAAGGAAGAUGCUCUGGCUCUUCCUCCAGCCCUUAUUCUAUGCACUGCGGCCACUGGUGGUGAACCCAAAACCUGUGACCAGACUGGAGAUGAUGAAUGCAGUCAUGCAGUUCGCAGCAGACAUACUUCUCUAUUAUAUCUGGGGACUCAAACCAAUUGUGUACCUUAUCUCUGGGUCCAUAUUGUGCAUGGGUCUGCAUCCCAUCUCUGGACACUUCAUUGCUGAGCAUUACAUGUUCCUGAAGGGCCAUGAGACCUACUCGUACUACGGCGCUCUCAACUUAAUCACUUUCAAUGUGGGAUACCAUAUGGAGCAUCAUGAUUUCCCCAGCAUCCCUGGUAGUAAGUUACCUGAGGUGAAGAAAAUAGCAGCAGAGUAUUAUGAUUCACUACCGCAGCACACUUCCUGGAUACAGGUUCUCUGGGACUUUGUGUUUGACGACAGCAUUGGCCCCUAUGCCAGAAUCAAACGAGAAUACAAGCUGGCCAAACAGGAAUAAGUUGUACUGUGCGUGCAUUUUUCUCACAGAGCCGCUAUUUAAACAGAAAAGAAGAAAAGCUGGACAGGCCUGCUGAACCGGUAGAAACACGUGUUUAAACCUUUUUCAGUUACAACUACAGCAGGGGAGUGGAUCUAGAGUACAUAUGAACUGGAUGGUCAAUUCCAUUGAGUUGUGUUUUCAACUAAUGUUUGGUAGAAGCAAUGGAUGCUGAGAUGAAAUAUAUAUAUAUUUUUUUGUGCUAACCAGCCACAAAAAUGUCUUUUCAUCAAUGAGAAAGCAUACUGUCCUUGUGACAAGCAGAAUAUUUUAUGAGGCUGUCAUUCUAAAGCUAUUGUGAUCUGUGAUUAAUCACAAAUUUGAAUAAUAGUAUGAGUCAUGAACUGUAAGUGACCGUGUGAGUCACCCUGGAUACUUUACAAUACAAUGGCUAAAUUAAAACAAGCAUUCCUUAAGCAGUUGAAGCAAAGUCUAUAACGUGUUGUGUUUUUAUUAACAUCUGUGGGAUUCUAAGUUUUAAAAAAUGCUGUUCGUAAUGGUCCGUAAAGCAAGCAUCCACAUGUUAUGUGAAAUAGCUUAUUCAGGGCAAUACUAAAUAAAAACUAAAUGCAAUUUUUAUGAGCCCUUAUUAUUAUUAUUAUUAUUAUUAUUAUUAUUAGUAGUAGUAGUAGUAGUAGUAUUAUUAUUACUAUUAUUAUUUUUAUUUAUUAACAUUUAGCAGAUUCUGCAAGGCGUAUGUAAACUUAUGAGCUGUAGGUAAUUUACCGUGUUGAUAUUUCUGUAAAGCUGCUUUGAGACAAUGUCUGUUGUAAAAAGUGCUAUACAAAUAAAA